AUGUUCCCCCCCGUGGCGAGGGGAGGGGGAGGGUGGAGGGGCGGCCAUGCUCAGUCUGAUGGAGGGGAUCCAGAGAUCCAGGCUGGCUCAAUGAGAGCAGAGCGGGGGAGGCAGCUGGACAAAAUCCAUUCCCAGAGUGAGCGUUCUGCUGAGGCAGGUAGGCCGACCUUUCAGCCGUCCGAUAGGUCAACCCUUGGCAGUGUGCCUGGACAUCCGUGGUUAAACGCCAGCCCAGCCCUGGUAGCGCUCAUAGUAAAGCCCAUAUGAGCAGCAGCCAGCUCUGAUCAAUGGAGCCGACUGGGUCUGGUAACUUAUUUACAGUACUGUAUGUGACCUACGCCUCAGACAGAACUUGCUCUCACCAGGAGAGAUGACGACACAGGAACUGUACAGAGCCAGACUGUCCUGUACUAGAACCAUGGAAGUACCUACUGGUUCCUAUAAGGGCCGCCAACACUGUAGACAGGGGUGUUAAUCUUACUUUUGACGAGCUACAUGGCCUGUUUGUUCACUCACUGUAGCUAUAAUGGAAUUAGUGUUUUAUAGGCAUUGGGCAACUAAGCAGCAAUGUCUUCUCUGCUUGGUCAGCACAGCUGUAGUGGUCGAGAACAGAACAGAACAGUACAGCACAUGUACUGUACCGUUACCUCCCUCCUUCUUUAAGAGACCCUCUGCUCUUUGGUUAAAAUAACCUCUCCUGUUUUUCCCCCCAGUUGCCCACGGAGUGAGAGAGGAGCCCCAGUUUGUGACGGCGCGCGCUGGAGAGAGCGUGAUCCUGGGAUGUGACGUGUCCCCUCCCCUGGAUGGCCAGCAGCCCCCCUACGUGGUGGAGUGGUUCAAGUUCGGAGUACCCAUCCCCUUCUUCAUCAGCUUCCGCUUCCACCCUCCUCAUGUCGACCCAGAGUACACUGGUAAGAGCCAAGCCUUCCACUCUUCUCAUGUUGACCCAGAGUACACCGGUAAGAGCCUUCCACUCUCCUCAUGUCGACCCAGAGUACACCGGUAAGAGCCAAGCUUUCCACCCUCCUCAUGUUGACCCAGAGUACCCCGGUAAGAGCCAAGGAUCUAGUGAGCAUUUGCCAUGUAGCCUGGUUCCAAUGCUAUGGAAUUACAGAAAAGAACAGAACAGAACAGAGGCAGCACUAACACGCUGAUGCACAUUGCAGCCCAGAUGAAAGUGUAUUGUGGGGACGGAAGCCAUGUUACAGUAGAGCUGUGACAGUGUGAUAAUGGUUGAGACUGGGCCAUGGUUCAUGAGAACCUCCCCUGGGUGUUUAAUGGGACUAUAUCCUCUCUGUGUCUACAUGGAGCUGUGUGUCUGGAGUGUCUGGAGUUCACCAUGGCCCACUAGGCCAGAGUGGCCUGCUGCCUAACACACGCACACAAACACACACACACACAUGCACACUGUAUAAGAUCUGCCUGGCUGGCUAUUCUCAUGAAUCCCCAUUUCCCAUUUCUCACCAAGUAAAUAAUUAAUCUGGGUGGAACAGAGACUAAAUGUACUGUCAUUGCCCGGCUAGACUGGCUAGUCCUGCAAGGCAGUCAAUGUACUGCUAUAUUUCUGGGUCUUAAUGUACUGUAUUCAGCCUAUAUUUCUGGGUCUAAAUGUAUUCAUGAUGGAGAUGAGAGGUUCUGGAUUGCCUUUUACAGUAGCAGAGCUGGUAUGUGGGGGUAAACUAGCUUCUCAUGCCUCUCUGUCUCUGUGUCUGUGAGCUUUACAUCGGCAUAGCUGAAGACUGCAGUCUAUUUUGUAAUUCCACUAUGACCUUAUCUUUUACAAGGGAUUCUAUCUUAGAUCAUGUUAAAUAAUGGGGUUAUGAUUCACAUCGUAUUUGUUGUAUUUAUGUUGAAGUGGAUUAGGGGUGGCAAACCUUUCUCUUGCAGGGAAAAUACAGACUUUUACUGUUCGACUGAGUAUUACCCUUCGGCAAGUGUCUUAAUCUGUGCUAGACAGAAAUUGUAUGCUCCUCCUCUAGUGUGUUAGCCAAUUGGCCAAGGUGAUAUGCAAAUCUAACAUUUAAAAUCAGCUAUUUUUGCACCAACUCACGCAAAUUAACAAUCAAUACUUCAGACACUGUAUGAUAUUUAGUUUGUGCAUUUUUAGUUUAUAUUUUUUGGGGACAGGCUGGUCUUACAUCUCACCCAAACCCAAUUCCCAGUCUCUCCUCCAAUCAGAGCCAGGGAAAAGCCUGCAGAGGGAUUAUGGUCUUUAAAGAACUGAAAGUUUAGCUGCAUGGCUCUCUUUAGCUCUACUCUACUCUCCUCUCUCUACAGCUAUUGCAGCAGUGGAAUGGAUCGAAGCCUAUGUGUGAUAUUAAUAAACCCAUAGGGCCAUAUUCACUGUAGGCAGCAGUAGUGUUAGAUUACAGUGUGUGUGAAUGCCCAGGAAGGGCUGGUCCUGAUGUGUAUACAGUAUUGUUAACUCUGUUUACAGCACGCCUCUCGUGACAGAUUGAACCUGAGGUCGAUCUCUACCCUUCACGCCACCACCUACCCUACUCAGCACUUCAUCACCCAGGCAAAAAUAGACUGACUUUUAAAGCUUCGCCUUUUUACUGCAAGACUGCAGUCUCCCUCUUUCCUCUACCCUCUUCCCUUUGCCUUAUCGAUUUCCUGCUCAACAAAAACCUGCCGUUUUCAUCCCCAAGUAUGGCAGCUGUCCCAGGGAGAGGCUAUCUAUCGCAUCUAUAUGCAGCGCUGCUAGAAGAGCAAUCCAGCCCGCCCUCCACGGCAAUAUGUUUUCCUGACAUUCAAAAUGAACAAACAAGCAACAGUACUUACAGUACAUAUAUACAGUGGGGGAAAAAAGUAUUUAGUCAGCCACCAAUUGUGCAAGUUCUCCCACUUAAAAAGAUGAGAGAGGCCUGUAAUUUUCAUCAUAGGUACACGUCAACUAUGACAGACAAAUUGAGAUUUUUUUUCUCCAGAAAAUCACAUUGUAGGAUUUUUAAUGAAUUUAUUUGCAAAUUAUGGUGGAAAAUAAGUAUUUGGUCACCUACAAACAAGCAAGAUUUCUGGCUCUCACAGACCUGUAACUUCUUCUUUAAGAGGCUCCUCUGUCCUCCACUCGUUACCUUUAUUAAUGGCACCUGUUUGAACUUGUUAUCAGUAUAAAAGACACCUGUCCACAACCUCAAGCUGUCAAAGGACACCAGAAACAAAAUUGUAGACCUGCACCAGGCUGGGAAGACUGAAUCUGCAAUAGGUAAGCAGCUUGGUUUGAAGAAAUCAACUGUGGGAGCAAUUAUUAGGAAAAGGAAGACAUACAAGACCACUGAUAAUCUCCCUCGAUCUGGGGCUCCACGCAAGAUCUCACCCCGUGGGGUCAAAAUGAUCAUAGCAAAAAUCCCAGAACCACACGGGGGGACCUAGUGAAUGACCUGCAGAGAGCUGGGACCAAAGUAACAAAGCCUACCAUCAGUAACACACUACGCCGCCAGGGACUCAAAUCCUGCAGUGCCAGACGUGUCCCCCUGCUUAAGCCAGUACAUGUCCAGGCCCGUCUGAAGUUUGCUAGAGUGCAUUUGGAUGAUCCAGAAGAGGAUUGGGAGAAUGUCAUAUGGUCAGAUGAAACCAAAAUUGAACUUUUUGGUAAAAACUCAACUCGUCGUGUUUGGAGGACAAAGAAGGCUGAGUUGCAUCCAAAGAACACCAUACCUACUGUGAAGCAUGGGGGUGGAAACAUCAUGCUUUGGGGCUGUUUUUCUGCAAAGGGACCAGGACGACUGAUCCGUGUAAAGGAAAGAAUGAAUGGGGCCAUGUAUCGUGAGAUUUUGAGUGAAAACCUCCUUCCAUCAGCAAGGGCAUUGAAGAUGAAACGUGGCUGGGUCUUUCAGCAUGACAAUGAUCCCAAACACACCGCCCGGGCAACGAAGGAGUGGCUUCGUAAGAAGCAUUUCAAGGUCCUGGAGUGGCCUAGCCAGUCUCCAGAUCUCAACCCCAUAGAAAAUCUUUGGAGGGAGUUGAAAGUCCGUGUUGCCCAGCGACAGCCCCAAAACAUCACUUAUUUUCCACCAUAAUUUGCAAAUAAAUUCAUAAAAAAUCCUACAAUGUGAUUUUCUGGAUUUUCUGUCAAAGUUGACGUGUACCUAUGAUGAAAAUUACAGGCCUCUCUCAUCUUUUUAAGUGGGAGAACUUGCACAAUUGGUGGCUGACUAAAUACUUUUUUCCCCACUGUACAUCUCAAAGUUUGGAAAAGGAUCUUUGUCCCAGGGCACGGCUCUAACAGAGCAGAGAUUGUUUCAAUCUGUUCAUCUGGCUCGACUGUCAGGGCUGUAGCAGAAGCCGUGUGGGUGCAGUGGGUUGGAAGCUGUGAGACAGAUUUCAACAUGCUUGGUUUACUCAACUUCUCUCAUCCUCUGUGACAUGACUUCCUACUUUUAGAUUUCUGAUUUAUCACCUGAGCCUUCAAAGAAAAGUCAGUCUUUUUCACUAUUGACACUGAGAGCUUUCCUAUUCCAAUCCCUGUGCUUCAUCAGGUAGCUAUGGGGAGCUGGGGACAGGGUUGCCAGGUCAAGCUAAAAUUUCUAGCCCAAUGACCACUCAAAACCCGCCCAAAAGGCCUGAAAACUAGCCCAAUUAUUUUUUUUCACAGCAAGAGAGGAGUUGCCAUAUCUAUACAAUAAACCUUUUUUCCAUAAUGUUAUCAAGCCAAUUAAGAAGGAAUAUCAUAGUAACAUGUAACGACCGUUAGAAGCAAAAUGUGGGUUUCCUCAAAAUAAUAAUUAUUGCUAGCUAUGACAUGAUGUAAUAAAGGAAUUUGAAUAUGUGACAAGCAAAAAGAUAAUUUGCUCUGAUUAAACUCGCCAGAUCAUUUUCCAUCAAUGGAUGUUGCUUUAACUCGCUUGACUGCUAUGAUUAAGCAAUAAGGCACAAGGGGGUAUGGCAUUUGGCCAAUAUACCACGGCUAAGGGCUGUUCUUAAGCACGACGCAACCCCCGGGGUGCCUAUUAUAAAUCGGUUACCAACGUAAUUAGAACAGUAAAAAGUCAUGUUUUGUCAUACCGUGGUAUAUGUUCUGAUAUACCACGGCUUUCAGCCAAUCAGCAUUCAGGGCUAGAACCAGGUUUAUAAUUGUAAAUGAAUCCCCUUUGCGCAUGUACAUAACUCUAUAGAUAAAUCCGACAGGAGAGUUUGAGUGAUGGAAGUUGAACAGAGGAUCUCGAAAUCUCUGAGCAAGAAACACUUGGAUGAACAUAAAAAAACGAAUGUUAGGCUAUUUUCUGGGAAUUGUGCUGUUAUUAUGUGCCAGAUGUUAAGACUGCAAACCUUUAUAAAUGGCCCAUUUGCAAGAUUGACUUGUCAUUUCAAUAGGCAUAGGCUACAGACUAAAAUCUGGGUUUAUGAUUCAAAUUAAAUGUUGCCAUAGUUUGCUUUGAUAAAGGCAGGUAGCCUACAGCCCCUGAUAAGCUUAUAUCUCAUUUCAGAUAGUCUACAGUAGCCUAGACAAGAUGUAGGCUAGAUGUAAACUGAAUGAUUUAGCAGCUUGCUUAGUUCAAAUUAACACACUAAUUUAUUCAACAUAAAUAGCGAGGCGAUUUCGCAAUAAUAAGUGCUUGUUUCCCCAAUAGCCUGCUGGAAUAGGCUACUGAGGAUUGGGUCAUCAGAGAGAAAGAGAGAGUAUGAGAUAAAAAGAGAGAGAUGGAGAGGAGAGGAGAAAGAAGAGAGUCAACCUUAGCUGGGAAGCGUCCAGACGAGAGAGAGCGAGAAAUAUUGCCCUCCAGGUAAUGUUAUCCAUUAAUCCUAAUACUGGCAGGCUGCUCUCCUCUGGCCAGGUUCUGUUGGUAAUUUGUUUAUUGUGAGAGGUUGUGAAGUAGUAUGGAUUGGGAACAGCUCAAAUUCAAAUCCAAUCAAAUCCCCCUGACCUUGGUCAUUCGCAUUAGCAUUCUUUAUAUUGAAACCAUCUGUAGUCAAACUGGAUAGGUUAGGGGUUAUCUAACAGCACAAUCUAAGGCCACUGUCUCACCAAAUGAACCUGCUCAGAGAACCAGAGAAGAUGCUGUUUGCAGAGCGAGCUACGUAUGUGUCAGCUGUGUGAUGUCUGUGUCAGCGCUAUGCCAGUAUACUGGUGUGUGUUGGGGGUGUGAUACUGUAGUGUAAUUAAUUAAUUGAACAGUCAGUGGAAUAAUGAAAGAGCUGUGUAAGCUUCAUCCAUGUUUAGAUAUGCGCAUCACACUGAUUGGUGUCCAUCUUCAUGGUGCUCUUUGUGUACACUGGCGGCCAUAUUGGUUGUACCUUUGGAAUCAACUCAAAUUCUAUAGUCCUGACUCCUGACCCUACCUGUGUUCUUCUCUCCCACUCCAGGUAGAGCCAGCCUGCAUGGGAAGGCGUCUCUUCAGAUCGACCCAGUGCGCUCAGAGGACCAGGGCUGGUAUGAGUGUAGGGUCCUGAUGCUGGAGCAGCAGUACAACACCUUCCACAAUGGCAGCUGGGUGCAGCUCACAGUCAAUGGUGAGUCACUGGCUGUGUCCCAAAUGGCAGCCUAUUCCCUAUUUAGUGCACAACUUUUGACCAGGGCCCAUAGGGCACUAUAUAGGGAAUAGGGUGCCAUUUGUUUCACUUUACAGUCACUUAACUGUCAGCACCAACAUAUUGGAGUGUGGUAAGUGUGGUUUGGGGAAUGGGUUUCUACAAUGUAAUCUUGUCAGAUGUGUGUGCUCGAGUGAUUCAUGACAAUGUUCACCUCAUAGCUUGCUAACAUUCCAUGCCGCCACAGAUUUCAUUGGUCUACCUCAGAUAGCUGUACUGUAGCUAACUACAUUCUGAAUAUUUUAUUACAUUUACAUUUUAGUCAUUCCUUCUCUCUGACUCGCCAGUCAGAUACAGUAGAGGUACAAUGACUUGUCUGUCUGAGAUUUCAGUGUGCUGAUUUGUUUUAUCACUUGGCAGAUGUUUGGGUUUUUAGUGAUUCUAUGUGGUACUGUACAAUCAAUUGUCCCCCCAAAUAAUUGUUUUCAUGAUUUAUGGCCUUUUCCCUAUUAUCACUCUGUCUAUGUUUAUUCUGAGAUGCCAAAGCUCUGAUGAGUGGCAAUUAGGUAUUAUUUUAGAUAAUGCCUUUUCAGGAACAUCACACAGACAGACAUAUUUCAGAUUGCCUUGGUGAUAAAGGGAUGAGAGACUAGUGAGAAAGGGAAUUGAUUGUGGCCUGUUUGACACAGUUCCGGCAGGGAACGUCUGGGAUAGUCUGGGAACAAUCAAACUGAUGACCAGACAGGAAGAAAUUCUGCACGUUUGUACUUCCCAGGAAGGCCCAAUUGGGUUAGCGGCUAGCUGCUUCUAUCUAUGUAUUUUGUUCCUGUACAUUGUUCAAGACCAGAACCAUGUAUUUACAGAGUUGGUACAACUUUUAGAAGGUUGAAUAUUGUUCUAAUUCUAGACGUUCAGUUAAAUAUUCUCCAUGUAAUGUUAAUGGUUGAUAACAAGGCUGUCAUAGAAUGUUGAAGUAUCAUGCAGAAACCUCAAUGGCCCAGCUCUCUAAAUGCAUGGCUCUGUUCAAGACCAUCUAGAGUCAAGUAACAAUGAUGCCCAUGAUCUUCACUAUUUUAUCUUCUGAAAACCAAAUCGGUUUUAUAUUCGUAUUUUCUGAUGGGUUCUGAUUGUAUUCAUUUUGUCAGAUGUUAUAAUAGACAAUAAAAAAUACUUGUCUUGGAGAAAUUGACAAUAAUGAGCUCAACCAAAUGCAGUCGUUUCGUUAGAGUCAUGUUUUAACAUUAAACAUUUUAACAUUAAACAGUGUUUUUUUUUUUUUUUCCCCUCCAGAUAGACACCUCACAAGGACUGAAGAUAUUAUUAGUGUUUAUACCGUCAGAUUCACACACUCAAAAGGUAUUUUUGGUGUGUGAACUUAUGCUCACUGUGUGAGGCUCAUGCAUAUUCUCAUAAUGAACUUCCUAAUCUGUAACUGAUUGUAUAUGCAUAUACAGUAUACUUGACAUUGGAUGAGGUUCAACAUCGGUUCACUGUAAACCUAAUGGUCACUAUGAAACUGAUAAACUAGAGAUUAAGAAGAGGGAGACUAUCAAUGAGUCCGUGUGGGCAAACAUGCAUCUACACACUGUGUAUUUGUGUCUGAGAACAUUGCAUGUGUGUAAGGGUACCUGUGUCAGUAUUUCAGCGGUUCAGUGUGCACGUGUGUUUAUGCAUGUGUGUGUAAUGGUGUGUGUGCGUUUGGCUGUGGCUAAAUGAGUUCUCUAUCUGCUGAGUUACACUCACGGUUGCCCUGCCAGGGAGUGUCACCUGCGCAGCCUCUAGGGGGGCGGGAGGGAGUGUGUGAACAUCUGUGUGUGUUUGGUUUGAAUGGCUUCCUGUGCAAGCCGGGCAGCCGGGCGGGCACACUGCCUCUCUAUGGCCGGCCUCAUCAGUGUUCACGCUCAGCUCACUCACUCACUCGCCUAUGCUGUCCCCCUCCCCUACUCCCAGACCUUUACACAAUCAAUGAGUUGUCUGGAUAAUGUGUUUGAUGUGUCAUUAUCCUGUGUGUUGGAACCAGUUGUUGGUGUCUGAGUUCAUAUAAAACAAGUCUAAAAUAUUUGGGUUGUCCAUACUUUGUUUACAGCAGUGUAAGGUGCAGGGCAUAAGGAUAAUGCCUUGUUUUCCCAAUCGGGGACUGUUGGGGCUGAACCUGAAGCCAAGCUCUCAUGUCCACUGAAAGAGCCAGAGCAAAAUGGCUGGCAGUGUUUGUGCUUGUUUUGAGACAUCUGUGUGUUGAAUUAACAUUCAGAGGCCUCAUCAUGGCUGCAUGUCCUCUCAAAGGGUUUCUGUUGGGAAGGCAGGUGCUCUCCUGGCCAGGCUUCAUCACAGAUACUAAAGGCAGCGAUUUCCUGGGGCCAGUGGAAUCUACAUAUGAUACACUCCCUGCUUUGAGUUCCUGUUUGCUGCCCUCUACUUCCUGCCAAACGGAGAGAGGAUGCAUGCCCACUCAGUGGCAGGUGUCAGAUGGCAAGAACUUGUGCCCGAAAGACAGAGAGGUCACUGUGGUGCCUCUCCUCUCCUCUCCUCUCCUCUCCUCUCCUCUCCUCUCCUCUCCUCUCCUCUCCUCUCCUCUCCUCUCCUCUCCUCUCCUCUCCUCUCCUCUCCUCUCCUCUCCUCUCCUCUCCUCUCCUCUCUUCUUAGUUUAGUAUCAUUUUACAUUUACAUUUUACUCAUUUAGCAGACGCUCUUAUCCAGAGCAUACAUUAUUAUUAUUAUUUUUUUAAUUUUUCCAACUGAGCUACAUCCCUGCUGGCCAUUCCCUCCCCUACCCUGGACGACGCUGGGCCAAUUGUGCGCCGCCCCAUGGGUCUCCCGGUCUCGGCCGGCUACGACAGAGCCUGGAUUCGGACCAGGAUCUCUAGUGGCACAGCUAGCACUGCGAUGCAGUGCCUUAGACCACUGCGCCACUCGGGUAUCAGUUAACAGUAUGCUAAUAAAUCAGCAGCUUUUGGAUAGAGUGAGAGAAUACUACGUAAGUGAGAGAAACCAUGUCAACUCACACAGCUGCAGUAACUUCAGAGACAAAUAGUUUUAAGGGGAUCUCUUGAUGCCUUGAGGGAAAAUGGUUGUUGGGUUGCGGAUGGAAAGUAAAGUACAGUAAACAGUAAAGGGCUAAAUAUAUGCUGCAAUUCGAUAAAAAUGCAUCAUGAUCCUUUCUUGCUGUAAGUAGCAGUCCUCAGGGAAAAGACGCUCUCUCUCCCACUCUGGCUGGCUCUGUGCUGUAAAUGUUCAUUUUGUCUGAAAUCUGCUCAUAAAGGGAAAUCAAAGAAAAAAGGUGUAAAAAACUGUGCAUCCCCGAGGAGCAGUCUUCCAGGGAGCAGGAGAAAGAGAGAUGGCGAGAAUGAGAGAGAAGGAGAGGAAGGCAGAGAAUCAGAGUGAGGAGGAGAGAAGGAGAAAUGUUGGGGAGCAGGUAUUGAGCUAUAAGGCCAUCUGUUCUACAGAUGGGAGUGGUGUGAAAACAGAAGCAUCUGAAUCCAGAAAUAAAGGAGACGUGAAAAUUAGGAAAUUAGGGCGAGAUUGUGAUGCUCGACAUGGCUUUUUGUAGAACAUCUCCAAAGUUCACCACUUGGUGACACAUAUGUACUGAUGUGUUGACCCUGAUGGGCGGAAAGAACUCCCCUGUCGACCAAUCCGCUUGCAGUAAAUGCCACCUCCCGUUUGCCAGCUACUUAGUGUAAAGAAAUGUUAGGUCAUCUAAACCACAUUAUAGAUGUGAAUCAAAGAUAUAGACCUGUUCAUAGAAAAUAAUCUACACCACAAUCCACAAUAUGGUUGGCCAUAGAGCACAUUUGCAUUGUAAAUCACUACAAAAACCAGAGGUGGUUACUUACAAAUGUGCAGAAAGGAAUAUACUGUACUGUAGUAACCUUUCAGAAUGACAAUACCCAAAGCAGUCAUUGAGAGAAUGCCUAGAACAGCUGUUAAAGAGAUUGAACGGGAUCUUAAGCACUUUCGUAACAUAUCAUACAAUUCAGCAGGACGUAACAUAUCAUAUGAAAUGGAAAAUGGAAAUAGAUGACGUGCACAAUUUUUGGGGACCUGUUUUGGCACGUGAGCGCUAUUUUCAAAACUACUGGCUGAAAUGUUUUUUUUAAAACUCUGCUGCAUCACUUUAAGAAGUUCCUUAAUGGUAGUCUCUGGUGGUCUUAAUACAGGAGCAUUGUGCAGUGAGGGAUGCUAAUUGGUGUGUUGUUUACUCCACACCAGGUGUGUGUGCAGAUAGAAGUGAAGACAAGACUCCCAUCGGCUAGCCAUGACCCACUUGGGUAGAGAGAGAGUGUGAUCCUCUCUUCAGCUAAGUUCAGUUCAAGUUUCAUUGUCACAUGCACAAGUACAGUGAAAUGCUUAACUUGCGAGCUCUACCCAACAGUGCAUUAAUCAAUGUCUAAAAUAAUAUAGCUAAUAAAAUUAAAAAUUAAAAAAUAUAUAUAAUAAAGAAAACACGAGAAGUAAGAGAGGAAGCUAUAUAGAGGGUCAGUGCCAAUACUGAAUGUUCAAUGUGCAGGGAUACUGGAGUAAUUUGAGGUAGAUAUGUACAUGUAGGCGGGGAUUAGGAGAAAGUGACUGGUAGCAGGAUAAAUAAUAAUAAUAGUAAACAGUAUGGCAGCAGCAUAAGUGGUAGGUGGGUGGGUGUGUGUGUGGUGGUGAGUGUGUAUUUGUAAGUGUUUGGGUGUUAGUGUGAGUGUGUUUGUGUGUGCAAGAGUGUCAGUGUGUGCGUGAUAGGCGGAUAUACAGUGGUGUGAAAAAGUGUUUGCCCCCUUCCUGAUUUGUUAUUUGUUUGCAUGUUUGUCACACUUAAAUGUUUCAGAUCAUCAAACAAAUUUAAAUAUUAGUCAAAGAUAACACAAGUAAACAAAAAAUGCAGUUUUGAAAUGAAGGUUGUUUUUAUUAAGGGAAAACAAAAUCCAAACCUACAUGGCCCUGUGUGAAAAAGUGUUUGCCCCCCCUAUUAUAACACAACUCAACUGUGGUUUAUCACACCUGAGUUCAAUUCCUCUAGCCACACCCAGGCCUGAUUACUGCCACACCUGUUCUCAAUCAAGGAAUCACUUAAAUAGGACCUGCCUGACAAAGUGAAGUAGACCAAAAGAUCCUCAAAAGCUAGACAUCAUGCCGAGAUCCAAAGAAAUUCAGGAACAAAUGAGAAAGAAAGUAAUUGAGAUCCAUCAGUCUGGAAAAGGUUAUAAAGCCAUUUCUAAAGCUUUGGGACUCCAGCGAACCACAGUGAGAGCCAUUAUCCACAAAUGGCGAAAACAUGGAACAGUGAUGAACCUUCCCAGGAGUGGCCGGCCGACCAAAAUUACCCCAAGAGCGCAGCGACGACUCAUCCAAGAGGUCACAAAAGACCCCACAACAACAUCCAAAGAGCUGCAGGCCUCACUUGCCUCAGUUAAGGUCAGUGUUCAUGACUCCACCAUAAGAAAGAGACUGGGCAAAAAUAGCCUGCAUGGCAGAGUUCCAAGACGAAAACCACUGCUGAGCAAAAAUAACAUUAAGGCUCGUCUCAUUUUUGCCAGAAAACAUCUUGAUGAUCCCCAAGGUCUUUGGGAAAAUACUGUGUGGACUGACGAGACAAAAGUUGAACUUUUUGGAAGGUGUGUGUCCCAUUACAUCUGGCAUAAAAGUAACACCGCAUUUCAGAAAAAUAACAUCAUACCAACAGUAAAAUAUGGUGGUGGUAGUGUGAUGGUCUGGGCCUGUUUUGCUGCUUCAGGACCUGGAAGACUUGCUGUGAUAAAUGGAACCAUGAAUUCUGCUGUCUACCAAAAAAUCCUGAAGGAGAAUGUCCGGCCAUCUGUUCGUGACCUCAAGCUGAAGCGAACUUUGGUUCUGCAGCAGGACAAUGAUCCAAAACACACCAGCAAGUCCACCUCUGAAUGGCUGAAGAAAAACAAAAUGAAGACUUUGGAGUGGCCUAGUCAAAGUCCUACCCUGAAUCCUAUUGAGAUGCUGUGGCAUGACCUUAAAAGGGCAGUUCAUGCUCAAAAACCCUCCAAUGUGGCUGAAUUACAACAAUUCUGCAAAGAUGAGUGGGCCAAAAUUCCUCCACAGCGCUGUAAAAGACUCAUUGCAAGUUAUUGCAAACGCUUGAUUGCAGUUGUUGCUGCUAAGGGUGGCCCAACCAGUUAUUAGGUUGUAGGGGGCAAUCACUUUUUCACAGAGGGCCAUGUGGGUUUGGAUUUUGUUUUCCCUUAAUAAUAACAACCUUCAUUUCAAAACUGCAUUUUGUGUUUACUUGUGUUAUCUUUGACUAAUAUUUAAAUUUGUUUGAUGAUCUGAAACAUUUAAGUGUGACAAACAUGCAAACAAAUAACAAAUCAGGAAGGGGGCAAACACUUUUCCACACCACUGUACAUGUAAACAGGGCUUUUAGCAGGAAUAUAUAAAUACUUAUGGUAAUAACUAGUGGUAAUAUAUAUACAGUGCCUUCAGAAAGUAUUCAUAACCCUUGACUUAUUCCACAUUUUGUUGUGUUACAGCCUGAAUUCAAAAUGGAUUAAAUAGUGUAAAAAAUCUCACCAAUCUACACACAAUACCCAAUAAUGACAAAGCUUGCAAAAUUGCAAACCUAUUGAAAGAAAUAUGUCGUUUACAUAACUAUUCAUACCCCUGAGUCAAUACUUUGUAGAAUCACCUUUGGCAGCGAUUUAAAGCUGUAAGUCUUCCUCGGGAAGUCUCUAAGAGCACCUGGAUUGUGCAACAUUUGCCCAUUAUUCUUUAAAAAAAUUCUUCAAGGUCUGUCAAAUUGGUUGCUUAUCAUUGCUAGACAACCAUUUUCAGGUCUUGCCAUAGAUUUUCAAGUAGAUUUAAGUCAAAACUGUAACUCGGCCACUCAGGAACAUUCACUGUCUUCUUGGUAAGCAACUCCAGUGUAGAUUUGGCCUUGUGUUUUAGGUUAUUGUCCUGCUGAAAGGUGAAUUCAUCUCCCAGUGUCUGGUGGAAAACAGCCUGAAUCAGGUUUUCCACUUGGAUUUUGCCUGUGCUUAGCUCCAUUCCAUUAAUUUUUUAUCCUGAGAAACUCCCCAGUCCUUUACAAACAUACCCAUAAACAUGAUGCAGCCACCACUAUGCUUGAAAAUAUGUAGAGUGGUACUCAGUAUUGUAUUGUAUUUGCCGCAAACAUAACACUUUGUAUUCAGGACAAAAAGUGUAUUUUCCGCACUAUAAGGCGCACCGGAUUAUAAGGCGCACCUUCAAUGAAUGGCCUAUUUUAGAACUGUUUUCAUAAAUAGGGCGCACCGGAUUAUAAGGCGCAUAGAAUAGAAGAUACUGCAGUCAAACGUUUGACUGGGGUUGCGUUAUGCAUCCACUAGAUGGAGCUGUGCUAAAGGGAAUGUCAACAAAACAGUCAGAUAAAGUCAAACUUUAUUAAGCGUUCUAACAACAAUUUUGGGGUCUUUAUACACACACAAGUGGUGUGGGACUGUGAGUAAGCACAGUACCGGUGUUUACUGACUACGGUAGCCGUAAUGCUGCAAGCGGUGCGGCUUUGUAGUUUACCAGUCGUACUGAAACAUUUAAUUAUUAUUAAAUUGUUUUCAUUGUUUUUUCAUACUGAAACAUUUUGACUGAGCGCCGUGUACAACCAGUAUGGAUCAACCAAUUAACCAAUUGAUCCAUAUAUAAGGCGCUCCGGAUUAUAAGGCGCACUGUCGUUUUUUGAGAAAAUUAAAGGCUUUUAAGUGCACCUUAUAGUGCGGAAAAUACGGUACUUUAAUGCCUUGUUGCAAACAGGAUGCAUGUUUUGGAAUAUAUUUAUUCUGUACAGGCUUCCUUCUUUUCACUCUGUCAAUUAGGUUAGUAUUGUGGAGUAACUACAAUAUUGUUAAUCCAUCCUCAGUUUUCUCCUAUCACAGCCAUUAAACUCUGUAACUGUUUUAAUGUCACCAUUGGCCUCAUGGUGAAAUCCCUGAGCGUUUUCUUUCCUCUCUGGCAACUGAAUUAGGAAGGAAUGCAGUAUCUUUGUAGUGACUGGGUGUAUUGAUACACCCUCCAAAGUGUAAUUAAUAACUUCACCAUGCUCAAAGGGAUAUUCAAUGUCUGCUUUUUAAAUGUUUUACCCAUCUACCAAUAGGUGCCCUUCUUUGCGAGGCAUUGGAAAACAUCCCUGGUCUUUGUGGUUGAAUCUGUGUUUGAAAUUCACUGCUCGACUCAGGGACCUUACAGAUAAUUGUAUAUGUAGGGUACAGAGAUGAGGCAGUCAUUCAAAAAUCAUGAUGAACACUAUUAUUGCACACCGAGUGAGUCCAUGCAACUUAUUAUUACAUUUAAGUAAUUUAGCAGACGUUCUUAUCCAGAACGACUUACAGUUAGUGAAUGCAUACAUGUAGUUUUUUUUUUUUUUUUUUCUUCAUACUGGCCCCCCGUGGUAAACGAACCCACAUCCCUACCUUGGACGACGCUGGACCAAUUGUGCGCCACCCAUGGGUCUCCCGGUCGCGGCCGGCUGCGACAGAGCCUGGACUCGAACCAGGCUAGCACUGCCUUAGACCACUGCGCCACUCGGGAGUCAUUAUGGGACUUGUUAAGCAAAUGUUUACUCCUGAACUUAUUUAGGCUUGCCAUAACAAAGGGGUUGAAUACUUAUUGACUAAUUUCAGCUUUUCAUUUUUUAUUCAUUGGCAAAAAUGUCGAAAAACAUAAUUCCACUUUGACAUUAUGGGGUAUUGGGUGUAUUGGGUGCAGUGACAAAAAAAAUCUUAAUUUAAUCCAUUUUAAAUUCAGGCUGUAACACAACAAAAUGUGGAAAAAGUCAAGGUGUGUGAAUACUUUCUGAAGGCACUGUACAUGUAAACAGGAGUACUUGUGACUAGUAGUUGGAUAAAUAGAUAGAUACUAAUGGUAACGGCAAUCAAUAAUGAAUGAACAGCAACGUAGUGGUAGUAAUAAAUCGAAUCAAUAAUAAUUUUAGCAGCAGCGUAGGUGUGAGGGGGAGCAGUAGUUGUUAGCCAUUAAACAGUCAUAUGGCCAGGGGAUAGAAGCUGUUUAGGAGUCUGUUGGUCUGAGCCUUGAUGCACCGGUACCGUCUGCCGGACGGGAGCAAGGAGAACAGUCCAUGUCUCGGGUGGCUGGAGUCUUUUGCAAUUUUGGGGGCCUUCUCAGACACCGCCUGACAUGUACGUCCUGGAUGGCACAAUGCUGCUGCUGUUUAGAACCAGAGUUACCUUGAGAUAGAAAAUGAAGUUGACUCAUGAGACAUAGUGUAGCAGCUAGUUAGCUUGAAAUAGAUGAUAAACCCAUAAGGAUAUUAGCGAGGCCCAGGAACAGCUGAGCAGUAUGCUGUACUGAUUGGUUUUAUUAGUGGAUGUAUUCUGUUAGAUGGUUGUGAUGUGAUACUCUUCAAUGGGUUCAUAGAGAGUAGAUUAGGUCAUAUUUGCCUAUAUUGAAGAGGGAACACAUUUCUUAAGAGUAAACUUCAGGGAUUUAUCAAUGUGUUUUUGAUUUUUUUAGCAGUAAUUCCUCAUCCCUGUGUAAUGCUGGUUAGAUAUGCAUGGGCAUAAAGACUUUUGAUAGGCUGUUAAUUUGAACACUAUGCCACAUCUCUGAAAUUCCCAACUUUUUAAAACCUUCAAGAAAUUAAGAUAUUCUUAGUGGAUAGGAAAUAUGCUAAUGCUGUUUUUUCUCUCCCAAAGCCCCUCCCACUUUUACGACCACGCCCCCACAGUAUGUGGAGGCCAAGGAGGGGGGCAGCACGCUGCUGACUUGCUCCGCCCAGGGAAACCCCAAACCAAUGAUCGGCUGGCUGAGGGAGGGGGAGGAGCUUGCAACCAGUGGAAAAUACACGGUAAGCCAAACUGGACAACAAAUGUACUGUACCUCGGGCUAGAAAUACAUGCCCUUUAAACCUUGAAUCAGCAGUGAAAUGGCCUGUGAAAGUGACUCUAUUUUAGGUCCAGGUUAAUGUUGGAUUUGUCAAUUUUAUAGGGCUGCCAUGACGUUCUUUGAUAUUUAGGGAAAUUAGCCUUGAAUGUAUAUGGAUUCCAGAUAAUUAGGCCCUUUAAGGUAUUGGAGUCAUUCAGAUGUGAAGUUGAAAUCGUAGAUAUUAUUCCUGUCUUGCAUGCUUAAGACCACCCCCACCCCACGGCUUCUGAGGAUGUCACUGCUCCUGAUGUUGUUGUUUUUUUACUAUGGAACAAAAGUACAGUAAGCACUGAACAGUAUGGAAAUAUUCAGAACAACUGAACAGUAUGGAAAUAUUCAGAACAACUGAACAGUAUGGCUAGGCUAUACAAUACAAGCUUUCACGGACUCCAAAACAGUCUCUACACAAUGUUCUCAUGUCUGAUGAAGACAAUUUGAGUUGUGAAUGGAUGAUCAUUUUGUUAAAACUGAAUAUUCGUCUAAAAACAUGCCUUUUCCUCGGUCUGGGUACUUGGGCUGUAGAUAUACCAUACAAGCUUUCACAGACUCCAAAACAAUGUGUGGUGCCAGGACAACAACCUCUCCCUCAACGUGAUCAAGACAAAGGAGCUGAUCGUGGACUACAGGAAAAGGAGGGCCGAGCACGCCCCCAUUCACAUUGAUGGGGCUGUAGUGGAGCAGGUCGAGAGCUUCAAGUUCCUUGGUGUCCACAUCACCAACAAACUAUCAUGGUCCAAACACACCAAGACAGUCGUGAAGAGGGCACGACAACCCCUAUUCCCCCUCAGGAGACUGAAAAGAUUUGGCAUGGGUCCUCAGAUCCUCAAAAAGUUAUACAGCUGCACAAUCAAGAGCAUCCUGACUGGUUGCAUCACCGUCUGGUAUGGCAACUGCUUGGCAUCCGACCGCAAGGCGCUACAGAGGGUAGUGUGUACGGCCCAGUACAUCACUGGGGCCAACCUUCCUGCCAUCCAGGACCUCUAUACCAGGCGGUGUCAGAGGAAGGCCCUAAAAAUGGUAAAAGACUCCAGCCACCCUAGUCAUAGACUGUUCUCUCUGCUACCACACGGCAAGCAGUACCGGAGCGCCAAGUCUAGGUUCAAAAGGCCUCUUAACAGUUUCUACCCCCAAGCCAUAAGACUGCUGAACAGUUAAUCAAAUGGCUACCCGAAUUAUUUGCAUUGCCCCCCCCUUAUUUAUUUAUUUUUUGUACGCUGCUGCUACUCACUGUUUAUUAUCUAUGGAUAGUCACUUUACACCUACCUACAUGUACAUAUUACCUCAAUUACCUCGACUAACCUGUACCCCCGCACAUUGACUCGGUACCGGUACCCCCUGUAUACAGCCUCGUUAUUGUUAUUCUAUUGUGUAACUUUCUUUCUUUUUUUUAAACUUUAGUUUAUUUAGUAAAUAUUUUCUUAACUCUUAUUUUUCUUAAAACUGCAUUGUUGGUUAAGGGCUUGUAAGUAAGCAUUUCACAGUAAGGUCUACACCUGUUGUAUUCGGCGCAUGUGACAAAUACAAUUUGAUUUGAUUUGAUCAGUUUAGGGAAGUCUAAUGAUGACAAUUUACAGUUGUGAAUGCUACACUCUUUUUGUGAAAAUGUAUGAUUUGUUUUGAUUAAAAACAUGCAUUUUUCUUCUAUCUGGGUACUCAGACUAAGCUGUAGAUAUACCGUAAAAGCUUUCACAGACGCCAAAACAUUCUCUCAAUCUACUCUAUUUUGGUAGCAAUACAGUAGGUUAUUGUCUUAACUUAAAAUACAGUCUGUUUCAUAACUCAUGUUAAAGCAUGGAAGGCAGUCUAUAGGUGUGGUUGUGUGUGCUGGAGGAAAUCUUCAGCACACACCACCAUCUGCCUGAGUAUACAGUGCAUUCAAAAAGUAUUCAGACCCCUUGACUUUUUCCACAUUUUGUUAUGUUACAGCCUUAUUCUAAAAUGGAUUAAAUUAUUUUUUUCGCUCAUCAAUCUACUCACAAUACCCCAUAAUCACAACGUGAAAACAGGUUUUUUGAAAUUUUCACUAAUUUAUAAAAAAACAAAACAGAAAUACCCUAUUUACAUAAGUAUUGAGACGCUUUGCUAUGAGACUCGAAAUUGAGCUCAAGUGCAUCCUGUUUCCAUUGAUCAUCCUUGUGAUGUUUCUACAACUUGAUUGGAGUCCACUUGUGGUAAAUUCUAUUGAUUGGACAUGAUUUGGAUAGACACACACCUGUCUAUGUAAGGUCCCACAGUUGACAGUGCAUGUCAGAGCAAAAACCAAGCCAUGAGAUCGAAGGAAUUGUCCGUAGAGCUCAGAGACAGGAUUGUGUCGAGGCACAGAUCUGGGGAAGGGUACCAAAAAAUUUCUGCAGCAUUGAAGGUCCCCAAGAAUACAGUGGCCUCCAUCAUUCUUAAAUGGAAGAAGUUUUGAGCCACCAAGACUCUUCCUAGAGCUGGCCGCCCGGGCCAAACUGAGCAAUCUGGGGAGAAGGGCCUUAGUCAGGGAGGUGACCAAGAAUCUGAUGGUCACUCUGACAGAGCUCCAGAGUUCCUCUAUGGAGAUGGAGGAACCUUCCACAAGGACAACCAUCUCUGCAGCACUCCACCAAUCAGGCCGUUAUGGUAGAGUGGCCAGACGGAAGCCACUCCUCAGUAAAAGGCACAUGACAGCCCGCUUGGAGUUUGCCAAAAGGCACCUAAAGGACUCUCAGACCAUGAGAAACAAGAUUCUCUGGACUGAUGUAACCAAGAUUGAACACUUUGGCCUGAAUGCCAAGCGUCACAUCUGGAGGAAACCUGGCACCAUCCCUACGGUGAAGCAUGGUGGUGGCAGCAUCAUCCUGUGGGGAUGUUUUUCAGCGGCAGGGACUGGGAGACUAGUCAGGAUUGAAGCAAAGAUGAGCACUCAGGACCUCAGACUGGGGCGAAGGUUCACCUUCCAACAGGGCAACAAACCUAAGCACACAGCCAAGACUUUGCAGGAGUGGCUUCGGGACAAGUCUUUGAAUGUCCUUGAGUGGCUCAACCAGAGUUCGUACUUGAACCUGAUCGAACAUCCCUGGAGAGACCUGAAAAUAGCUGUGCAGCGACGCUCCCCAUCCAACCUGACAGAGGUUGAGAGGAUCUACAGAGAAUAAUUGGAGAAACUCCCCAAAUACAGGUAUGCCAAGCUUGUAACGUCAUAUGCAAGAAGACUCAAGGCUGUAAUCGCUGCCAAGGUGCUUCAACAAAGUACUGAGUAAAUAGUCUGAAUACUUACAGUACCAGUCAAAAGUUUGGACACACCUACUCAUUCAAGGGUUUUCUUUAUUUUCACUAUUUUUUGCAUUGAGGAAUAAUAGUGAAGACAUCAAAACUAUGGAAUAACACAUAUGAAAUCAUGUAGUAAACAAAAAAGUAUUAAACAAAUCAAAAUAUAUUUUAGAUUUUAGAUUCUUCAAAGUAGCCACCCUUUGCCUUGAUGACAGCUUUGCACACUCUUGGCAUUCUCUCAAACAGCUUCACCUGGAAUGCUUUUCCAACAGUCUUGAAGGAGUUUUCCUUCACUCUGCGGUCCAACUCAUCCCAAACCAUCUCAAUUGGGUUGAGAUCGGGUGAUUGUGGAGGCCAGGUCAUCUGAUGCAGCACUCCAUCACUCUCCUUCUUGGUAAAAUAGCCCUUACACAGCCUGGAGGUGUGUUUUGGGUCAUUGUCCUGUUGAAAAUAGUCCCACUAAGCGCAAACCAGAUGGGAUGGCGUAUCGCUGCAGAAUGCUCUGGUAGCCAUGCUGGUUAAGUGUGCCUUGAAUUCUAAAUAAAUCACAGACAGUGUCACCAGCAAAGCACCCCCACACCAUCACACUUCCUCUUCCAUGCUUCAGGGUGGGAACCACACAUGCAGAGAUCAUCCGUUCACCUACUCUGCGUCUCACAAAGACACGGCCUAAUGUCCAUCGCUCGUGUUUCUUGGCCCAAGCAAGUCUCUUCUUCUUAUUGGUGUCCUUUAGUAGUGGUUUCUUUGCAGCAAUUCGUCCAUGAAGGGCUGAUUCACGCAGUCUCCUCUGAACAGUUGAUGUUGAGAUGUGUCUGUUACUUGAACUCUGUGAAGCAUUUAUUUGGGCUGCAAUCUGAGGUGCAGUUAACUCUAAUGAACUUAUCCUCUGCAGCAGAGGUAACUCUGGGUGUUCCUUUCCUGUGGCGGUCCUCAUUAGAGCCAAUUUCAUCAUAGCGCUUUAAAUUUUCCAGAUUGACUGACCUUCAUGACUUAAAGUAAUGAUGGACUGUCGUUUCUCUUUGCUUAUUUGAGCUGUUCUUGCCAUAAUAUGGACUUGGUAUUUUACCAAAUAGGGCUAUCUUCUGUAUACCACCCCUACCUUGUCACAACACAACUUUUUGUCUCAAACACAUUAAGAAGGAAAGAAAUUCCACAAAUUAACAUUUAAGACGGCACACCUGUUAAUUGAAAUGCAUUCCAGGUGACUACCUCAUGAAGCUGGUUGAGAGAAUGCCAAGAGUGUGCAAAGGUUCAUCAAGGCAAAGGGUGGCUACUUUGAAGAAUCUAAAAUCUAAAAUAUAUUUUGAUUCGUUUAACACUUUUUUGGUUAUUACAUGAUUCCAUAUGUGUUAUUUCAUAGUUCUGAUGUUUUCACUAUUAUUAUACAAUGUAGAAAAUAGUAAAAAUAAAGAAAAACCCUGGAAUGAGUAGAUGUCCAAACUUUUGACUGGUACUGUAUGUAAAUGGGAUAUUUCCGUUUUCUAAAAACCUGUUUUUGCUUCGUUAUUAUGGGGUAUUGUGUGUAGACUGAUGAGGGAAAAAGCGAUUUAAUCUAUUUUAGAAUAAGGCUGUAACUUAACAAAAUGUGGAAAAAGUAAAGGGGUCUGAAUUCUUUCCGAAUGCACUGUAUGUGAGACUGCUGUCUGUCUGUCUCUACACUUUUCACUGCACACAGAUUGCAGAUCGAGAAGCCCUUAAUUGGACUGUCUUGCAUGUCUGUGAUUGGACAGGAGCGUCUGUCAGUCAGGCUGCAGAAUGCCUGCAGAGGGCGGGUCCCUGAAGGGAGGAAGAACAGUCCAGGCGUGUCAAGCCUCGGCUGCACCCCCUCUCUCAUUUGUCAUGUUUUGCGUUAGUGUUCCAGUUCUCUUUAAGGAACUCAGUGAACCAUGGACAACCCCCUCUCUCCCCCCUCUCUCAGCCCCCCCUACACUCAGAUGUUUCAGAUGGAGUAAAUCCCUGAGCUUGCUGAAGGCUGCACCUAACAUUUGGACUUGAUGUGUGAUGUACAGGAAGUGACAGCUCUCUUCAUUCCCGUGUCAUAGUUUCUGUCACUCAGCGAGCGAGCUGGCCCUCUGUUUUAUCCCUCUCUCACCCCUCUCUCAUCCCUUUGUCAUCCCUCUCUUAGCCAGUCACCCUUCUUUCAUCCCUCUUUCACCCAUUUCUUUCAUCCAACUCUUACCCAGCUCUUAUCCAUCUCUCAUCUCUCAUCUCUCAUCUCUCAUCUCUCUCUCUCUCUCUCUCUCUCUCUCUCUCUCUCUCUCUCUCUCUCUCUCUCUCUCUCUCUCUCACCCCUCACUCUCUCUCACCCCUCUCUCAUUCCUUUCCUCAACCCCUUUCUUAUCUCUCUUGCUAACCCCUCUCUUCCCUCUCUCACCCCUCUCACUCACCCCUCUCUUGUUUCUCUCUCUCAUCCCUCUCUCAUCCUUUUCUUCUACCCUCUCUCACCCCUCUCUCUCACCCUGCUCUCACUCCUCUCUCACCCCUCUCUCAUCCCUCUCUCUCACCCCUCUAAUGCUCCCACACCACAGCUUCAUCAAAGGUCAGAGUGGAUGAGCCCAGGGCUUUAACAUGUUUGCCUUAGUAAAUGAUCGGAGGACUUCCUCAUGCAUUAUUAACCCCCUCCUACUGCAUCAAUAUUACAUUAUUCUUAAUAUGAAUGUUAUACUAAACAUGAAUAUCAACGGUGAGCCAAGUGCCUCACAUCAAAAUGCAUGCUUUGAUGCAGACAGCAUUUAGGCAUAUUGGUAGUGAGGGUGGAAUAUGUUUAUGAUUUGUUUGAACCCUCAAAUUGCUUUUGAUUUCCAUGUGGUUGGUUUGCUGUGAGAGGAAACUGGAAAAACGUUUAUAUACCCAAACCAAGCCAUAGUGUAUACAUUUGAGGACUCCCAUCGUAGUAAAGAGAUGGUGGUAAUGUUUGCACGCCAUGGAUAACUGGUGUCCAUGAGGACUUGGUAGAGAAUGGCAGGAAUGUGACAAUGGAGAGAAGAGGAGGAAUCAUGGUCAUCAUCUCAGCACCCCCUGCUGUUUGAGAUCCCACACAUUAAUCAAUAUGUUGUGUCUGAAAGUCAUUAUCCUCCUCCUCGUCCUUCGUCUCCUCCUCAUCGUCCUCCUCCUCCUCCUCCUUCGUCUCCUCAUCCUCCCCUCCCCAUUCUCCUUCCCUAUAGCUAUAAAAACGGCCUGCUGACUAUUACACUGCUGCAAGUGUAGUGUAGGUUACUGUGUCAUAACUGUGGCCCAGCUAUGGAGUGGGAUUAACAGGGAGUCCUACCUCAGCUGGGCUGACCCAAGGCAGGAUGGACCACUGUUUGUGUGUGUCUAGUGGCUGCUAAACUCUCUUGGCUGAAAGGUUUGAAAGGUUUGAGAGGUUUAGCAGAUUUCCUCACAUUGGCUUGAAUGGACAGGGCUACAGCUGUGUGUAACCUGAGUGGACAGAACCCAGCAACCCUACUGCAUAAAUUACUAGGGUAUUUUUAUUAGGUUGGGUUAAUGUCUUCCCUCCCUGUUUAUUGGUUCCUGUCAGUGUCCUCCUCGGCAGAGGGGUGAGGAAAUACAGGCGCACAGUGAGACGUUUCCCAGGUUACCGCUUGGAGAGAUUAGCUUCACAUCACAACCAAAGUUAAUUAGAGAAUAACCUCAUCCCCAGGCUAUUGCGCACAGUGCAUAUAAGCCUGAGAUAUCAACCACUCAAAGUUUUCCUAAGUGGGAGUGACCAUAGAAUUCUAUGGGUGUGACCUCCUGAGUAAAGUAUUUGUCAUUUAAUUUUAGCGAUUCAGACAACUGCAAGGCGUGGCUCUGUGCUUGUGGUUUGCUAGCGUAUGGGAGAGAGUUAGGGGGAAGGUGUUUCUCCCGGCUCUCUGUAUUGGCUCACGAAGGCCAAGUUUGACACAUUGGUCCACCAGACUCUUUGCGGAAGUGUCUGGGAACGAGAUUAAUUAGAGAAUUACAUGAUAAAGAGUUUAGACUUUAGAGUAUUGGUUGUAUGCUCUCUAUAAAACAUACAUUCCUACCAAAGACAGAAAACCUCAAGCCUGCCUUGAUUUUGGUGUGCCAUUUCACUAGGUAAUGCUUAUAAAUACCAUGUCUGUAUGUUUGCUCUGUCUCUCACAAACAUGUCCACCCCAGGUGCUUGAUGGGAGUCUGACGGUGCUGGGGAUCACUCGGGACGACAGAGGGGCGUAUACGUGUCGAGCCUUCAGCAACCAGGGAGAGGUGCUCCACACCACCCGUCUGCUGGUCCAAGGUAAGAGAGUAAUGGUCACACUGUAACGUCACAGAUGGAUGCAACUUCAAAGGUUGUUAUUGUGGUGUGAGGGAGAAAUCAUGACUUUUCUCUAUUGAGGUGCACACUGAUUACUGAUUAUGAGUUUUGAGGAGAAGGUUCCUAGGACAAUUGCUGGCUGAAUACUGAAAGAUCCCUUAUCAGAGAAUCUUUAGGCUAUUUUUACCUUACACCUGCUAUUAAACAUCUAUUACACACGUACAGCUAUGCAGUACAGUGUCUAGAUUGUGUUUAAGAUGGAGAAAUUAAGUCCUGCCGCUAUCCACUUAAACAGUCUCUGUUUCCUGCCUUUGUCACAGUAUGCAGGGUUAGUGUUUGAUUUGAUCAGUCUGGUCGUAUGGUUUAGUCUGUAUCAGUCAAUACUCUUAAAUCUUCUCCUGACAUAGUCUGUGGCUGCUGGUGGUGGUGGUGUGUGUGUGUGUGUAUGUGUGUGUGUGUGCGCAUAUCACUGUCUGUCUGAGGCAUACAUCACUGUCUGUCUCCGGUACAUUAACCAGACUCUCUCUUUGCUAGACAGACACAGAUCUGGUCUCUGCUCUGCUCAGAUAGAUGGAUCUGAUACAGGCUUCCUCAACUUCCUGCCUUUACGCCUCUGUCUACAUCAAACACGCACACACACAAACGUACUCACGCAUGCACACACACACAUACACACACAUUCUCUCGCUCUCUCUCUUUCUAUCAAAACAAGCACUGGAUGAGCUAACAGGCUGUAUAUUACAGACGAUGGAGCAGGUUGGUUUUAUGGUAGGCUUGUUAGGUUUGAUGGUGGUGUAAAGAUGUGUCAAUUUCAGUCAAUGUGCAAGUGUCUGAAAGGAGUAUGGGCAAGAAGUACUUGGUUACAUCGUGGAUUUUGAGGAAGGUUUACUCUACUGACCUCUAAACACACACACACACACUGCAUGCACAUGCCUGAUAAUACAUGGAAGGUGAGGGCUGUCUAGAACAGCUGACAGGUGUGGGGAAAGGUUUAAAUGAAUUGAUCUGACUCUGAAACAUCCUCAUAAACCUCAUACAUGUCUUAGAUGGUUGGAAUAAGGCUUUUACAAAUCGAGAGUGAAUUGGAAUAAAUCUGCAGAUAUCAUGAGUUUUGUACACCAGCAAAAUUGCAGCCUGUUUUUGUUUUUCACUAAGGAGUAUCCAUCCAUAAGCAGGCUCUGUGGAAAUGUGCCAGUGAAGUUGUCUAAGGCUCCCUGAGCAAUUACAAGCAGCUAUCGGAGGAGUCGUGAUUCUCACUAAAAUGAUCUGUUUUUAUUUGUUCUGUGACUUAACCACUCUUUCAGUAGUCCCUCCUGAUGUAAAAAGCCAUUCAGUGUGUAUUAAGGAAAUAAUCAGGAGGCUUGUAGCUGGGCCCACUUAUAAAAGACAGCUUACGUUUCACUGUCUGUAAUAUAGUACAGAGAGAUAGAGAGCAGAGCAGCAACCUCAGGGCACCGAGGGUUCAUGCUGUGGAGGCAUCUGCAAGUCUGGCAACCAAGUGUGUGGUUCAAGUUACAAUAUGCCUGCUUAUUGUAUCUCAUAGGCUACUAGAGAGAAGACUGUGCCAGGGGUCUACUGUACCUAUGUAACAAUAAACAGAUGCUGUCUGAAUGGGUCAUAAGAUAAUAAUUUCAGUAUCCAUAUCUACACUGAAUAAAAAUAUAAGCGCAGCAUGUAAAGUUUUUGUCCCAUGUUUCAUGAGCUGAAAUAAAAGAUCCCAGAAAUGUUCCAUACCCACAAAAAGCAAAUUUCUCUCAAAUUUUGUGCACAAAUUUGUUUACAUCCCUGUUAGUGAGCAUUUCACCUUUGCCAAGAUUAUCCAUCCACCUGACAGAUGUGGCAUAUCAAGAAGCUGAUUAAACAGCAUGAUCAUUACACAGGUGCACCUUGUGCUGGGGACAAUAAACUAUAAGAUGUGCAGUUUUGUCACACAACACAAAGCGCCUCCAACGUCAUUUUAGAGAGCCACUGGCACGCUGGAGAAGUGUGCUCUUCACGGAUGAAUCCCGGUAUCAACUGUACUGGGCAGAUGGCAUAGAGCGUGUAUGGUGUCGUGUGGGCGAGCGGUUUGCUGAUGUCAACGUUGUGCCCCAUGGUGGCGGUGGGGUUAUGGUAUGGGCAGGCAUAAACUAUGGACAACGAACACAAUUGCAUUUUAUCGAUGGCAAUUUCAAUGCACAGAGAUACCGUGACAAGAUCCUGAGGCCCAUUGUUGUGUGAUUCAUCCGCCGCUAUCACCUCAUGUUUCUGCAUGAUUAUGCACAGCCCCAUGUUGCAAGGAUCUAUACAAUUCCUGGAAGCUGAAAAUGUCCCAGUUCUUCCAUGGUCUGCAUACUCACCAGACAUGUCACCGAUUGAGCAUGUUUGGGAUGCGCUGGAUCAACGUGCACGACGGCGUGUUCCAGUUUCCACCAAUAUCCAGUAACUUCGCAUAGCCAUUGAAGAGGAGAGCGACAACAUAUCACAGGCCACAAUCAACAGCCUGAUCAACUCUGCAAAGGAGAUGUUUCACGCUGCAUGAGGCAAGUUAUGGCCACACCAGAUACAGACUGAUCCACACCCCUAACCUUUUUACUAAGGUAUCUGUGACCAACAGAUGCAUAUCUGUUUUCCCAGUCAUGUGAAAUCUAUAGAUUAGGGCCUAAUUAAUUUAUUUCAAUUGACUGAUUUCCUUAUAUGAACUGUAACUCAGUAAAAUAUAUUGUUGUUCAGUGUAGGUUUUAUUGUACACUAAAAGCCUUUAUUUGUUUCCUCUAGGGCCACCAUAUAUUAAGUCACCGCCAGAGAACAUCACUGUCAACAUAUCCCAGAAUGCACGCUUCACCUGUCAAGCAGAGGCGUAUCCUGGCAACCUGACAUACACCUGGUUUUGGGAGGAAGAUAACGUCUACUUCACUAAGAAGUAAAGUUAUAAUCGAGUGUCUGUUUGUGUGUCUGUUUGUCUGUGUGCCUUCCCUUUGGUUUUGAGUCUUUUCCACCCUGUCAUCUAAAGGCUUUAGAAUCUUGUGUCCUCUCCUGUGAUCUUCAAGUCUUUUGUUCUGUGUUUGGCGUAUUUGGGUCUUCCAGACCCUGUCCUAAUGUUGUGAAUAUGACUGUGUGGUGUGUGUGUGCUGGUGCCCUGUCCUGCUGUAGUCUGGCAGCAGUAAGAGAGGGCUUAGCAGGGGGCUGUCUGGAGCACGCCAGCCGGGUUAGCGCGGUCUGAUGACAAUACCACAUGCCUCUUAUACUGUAGUAAUGAUCUGAAGCGUAGCCAGGAGCUCUGUCAGACUCGCCCCAAGCACUGCUUUAGUUUAGUGAUGGAGACGUUUUAGAAAGAACAAGUGACAGGGAGACCAAGUGUCUGUCUGGGAGAAUCAACCUAUCAGAGAGUCCUUUAGAAAGAGGCCCAUCUCAAAUUGUUUUCUAAAGGCCUAGAAAAAGGCUGUGCAUAAUCAACCCUAGGAUAAGACACUACUAUCCUAGUUGGGCUGCUUACAAUCUUUGGUCUAUCGUUGGAGCCAACAGUCUAUCAUGAAAUGGUAUUUUUAGUCUAAUCAUACAAUUUAUUUACUCAAAUAGAUACAUAGUUCAUAGUUUAGAUGAAAAUAUUCCCUCUGCUAUUUAUUUUGCAUAAUGUCCUCUCAAAUAUUACUCAAAUGAACAUGGUGUGCAGUGUGUUUGUUCUUUGUUUGAAACACAGCAGGAAUAGAAUAUCUGCCAGUGUACUCUUCAUGAGGGUACUUCAUUUAAAGUGGCAGUGAGAGAGAAAACACGAGGGCUGCAACAUCAGGUGAUUGUGGAAAUUAGGGGAUUUAUUUGACAUACAAUUGCUCCAUCUUUUGGAACCUAUUCAGCCUGGAUGGAUUUGACCAAAUGCUGCCCUCUCAUGGCAGGCUUGUGCAAUUGCAUUAACCAGCCCCCAGUGUGUGAGUGUGUUUCUAUGUUAUGGCAUAUUCGAUAACUGUCUGCUUCCUCUCGGCAGUGACCUGAAAAACCGAGUCCGCAUCCUCAUCGACGGAACCCUCCACAUCUUCCGGGUGAAACCAGAGGAUGCUGGGAAAUACACCUGCAGCCCAAGCAACAGCCUCGGAACUCCACCAUCAGCAUCAGCACACCUCUCUGUUCAGUGUGAGUGUUACCAUGGCGACGGAGGGAGGAGGAGGGGCAGACGAGGCUGGCUGGCUGUACUGGAACAGGAUGAGAAACAACAGUAUCACAGCCUGCAUAGUGGCAGCCAGAACACUGCUGCUGUAUUGUCAUUGGUGUUUCAGUACCAUACAUAUCGCCCUGCUGAAACCUUUCCACCUUUAGCUGAAUUUCAGAGUCAAUGGUCGGGACGAGGGAAUGAUUAGAUAUUCCUAAUACUCAUCAUCUUGGCAGGGCCACUCUCAUCACCAUAUUCUUAGCAUUUUUUCCCAUCUAUGAUUCCAGUCUCUGUAGAGUUGUUUAUCUUCCAUUGCUAGACACUGACAGAGACAGUCUGCUAGUCUCACCCCAUAGCAUGCUGCUCAGUCUGUCCUGGUCUCCUCAAUGUGCCGGACUGAAUUGAAACGGUGACCUUUUAGUUCAUCUGCUAUGUGGGAGGGAAAUGCCACCAGGCCGGACAUUUUUUUUAAACAUCAUUCUAAGCGUGUUUGCUACUAUGCUAAUUUCCUCUGGAGUCGCUGGUCAUUGAUUUCUGUGUUCUGAGAGAGAGAGAGAGAGAGAGAGAGAGAGAGAGAUAGAGAGAGAGAGAGAGAGAGAGAGAGAAGAGAGAGAGAGAGAGAGAGAGAGAGAGUAGAGAUGAGAGAUAUCUAGAGAGAUAUAAUAGGCUAUCGAAUAUAUCUAGACUCUAUACUACUACUAUCUCUCAUCUCAUAUCUCGCUAAUACUUAGCUCGUCUCUCUAUCUCUCUCUCUCUCUCUCUCUCUAUCUCUCGUCUCUCUUCUUCUCGCUCUCUCCUCUCUGCUCUCUCAUUCUACGCCUCUCUCUCUCUCUGUUCUCUCUCUCUCUCCGCUGAUGAAUCGGAGAGACCCCUUCUGCCUCCUACCAUGCCUGUUUGUGAUUGUCUUCAGAGUGUUACCCAGACCCCCUUGCUGAAACGAUAAACCAAUUCUGACAGUCUACAGAACUGUCCUUUUUUCCUGUUAUGUACUAUCCAAGUUGAUAGCUAAAGACAAUUAGUUAGCAGCUAGCUUGGGCCGCCAUUAAGUAACUUAUAAAAUACUAUUUCUUAAAUGGUUUCCAUACCGACCAACGUAUUAUAGGAGAAGUACCUGGCAGUUGUAAUUGUGAUUAAACAGUUUCAGACUUUAUGCUCCAGUCUAUUUUCACUAAAACCAUCUCCUGUCCAUCUGCACAAAAACUCAUGCUCUGUCCUCUUUGACCUCUGACCUCUAACCUCUGACUCUCAGACCCUGCCCGUGUGCUCAACAUGCCCUCCGUCAUAUAUGUCCCACGGAAACUGCCAGGGGUCAUCCGCUGCCCGGCGGACGCCAACCCGCCGGUGAUAUCAGUGAAGUGGGAGAAAGAUGGCUACCCUCUCAGAGUGGAGAAGGUCAGUCUCAGUCUGCCGCUGUCUAUCUAGACUGAUGCUGAUUACACCUCAUUCACCAUAACAGCUGUUUACAAAGUAUCCCAGAGUAGAAUUGCUGAUCUAGGAUCCCUUUUAGGUUUUCCAUUUUAGACCAUAAUGAAUGCGAUAAUAUGGACACGGAUCCUAGAUCAGCACUCCUUCUUUAACGCUCUUUGAAUACAGGCCCUGACAUGCUGUGGAGAAUAUUGCAUCCCUGUGAUGUUAAGUGUACCUCCUCUCUCCUGUCCCAGUACCCCGGAUGGAGCCAGGCGCCGGAUGGGAGUAUUCGGGUGGCGGAGGCCACAGAAGACUCCCUCGGCACCUACACCUGUAUGCCUUACAACGCUCUGGGUACUAUGGGCCAGUCUGACCCAGCCACUCUGGUGCUAAAGGUACUGGUACUGGAAGAAACCUCUGACCAAAUGUGAUAUGUGUAGUCUUCUUUCUCCCCCUUUUGGUGAGACUUGUUGUGAGACUUGGUCUAUGACAUUGUGUGUGUGUUGGCCCACAGGAUCCCCCCUACUUUAACGUGAGGCCUGGCGGGGAGUACCGCCAGGAGGCUGGUAGAGAGCUGGUCAUCCCCUGUGCUGCCUCGGGAGACCCUGAGAUACCAACCAUCACCUGGAGGAAGGUAUGAAACCACACUACAGCUGGGAUUGGUCUGGGAAGAGAAACAUGGAAAACUCUUAACUGCUUUUGUAAUAUGACAACCAGUGAACUGUGUGUGUGUGUGUGUGUGUGUGUGUGUGUGUGUUUGUGUGUGUGCAUGUGUGUGUUCAAGGUGGGAAAGCCCAGCAAGAGUAAGCACAACAUCCUAUCCAGCGGCAGCUUACAGUUCCUGUCCCUCAGCAAGGAGGAUCAUGGGGAAUGGGAGUGUGUGGCCACCAAUGUGGUCACCAGCAUCACUGCCAGCACGCGCCUCCUCGUCAUCGGUACCGUCCACUGUGACAUCAUAACCCUCUGUCCCCAUGUACACUACCAGUCAAAAGUUUGGACACACCUUCUCAUUCAAGUGUUUUUCUUUAUUUUUACUAUUUUUUACAUUGUAGAAUAAUAGUGAAGACAUCAAAACUAUGAAAUAACACAUAUGGAAUGAUGUAAUAACCAAAAAAGUGUUAAACAAAUUCCUCAAAUAGCCACCGUUUGCCUUGAUGACAGCUUUGCACACUCUUGGCAUUCUCUCAACCAGCUUCAUGAGGUAGUCACCUGGAAUGCAUUUCAAUUAACAGGUGUGCCUUCUUACAUUUACAUUUACGUCAUUUAGCAGACGCUCUUACAAAUUCCACAAAUUCUUAAAUGUUAAUUUGUGGAAUUUCUUUCCUUCUUAAUGCGUUUGUGCCAAUCAGUUGUUGUGACAAGGUAGGGGGGGGUAUACGGAAGAUAGCCCUAUUUGGUAAAAGACCAAGUCCAUAUUAUGGCAAGAACAGCUCAAAUAAUCAAAGAGAAACGACAGUCCAUCAUUACUUUAAAACAUCAAGGUCAGUCAAUCCGGACAAUUUCAAGAACUUUGAAAGUUUCUUGAAGUGCAGUCGGGAAAAACCAUCAAGCGCUAUGAUGAAACUGGCUCUCAUGAGGACCAACACAGGAAUGGAAGACCUAGAGUUACCUCUGCUGCAGAGGACAAGUUCAUUAGAGUUACCAACCUCAGAAAUUGCAGCCCAAAUAAAUGCUUCACAGAGUUCAAGUCACAGACACAUCUCAACAUCAACUGUUCAGAGGGGACUGUAUGAAUCAGGCCUUCAUGGUCGAAUUGCUGCAAAGAAACCACUACUAAAGGACACCAAUAAUAAGAAGAGACCUGCUUGGGCCAAGAAACACGAGCAAUGGACAUUAGACCGGUGGAAAUUUGUCCUUUGGUCUGGAGUCCAAAUUGGAGAUUUUGGGUUCCAACCGCCGUGUCUUUGUGAGACGCGGUGUGGGUGAACGGAUGAUCUCCGCAUGUGUAUUUCCCACCGUAAAGCAUGGAGGAGGAGGUGUUAUUGUGUGGGGUUGCUUUGCUGGUGACACUCUGUGAUUUAUUUAGAAUUCAAGGCACACUUAACCAGCAUGGCUACCACAACAUUCUGCAGCGAUACGCCAUCCCAUCUGGUUUGGGCUUAGUGGGACUAUCAUAUGUUUUUCAACAGGACAAUGACCCAACACACCUCCAGGCUGUGUAAGGGCUAUUUUACCAAGAAGGAGAGUGAUGGAGUGCUGCAUCAGAUGACCUGGCCUCCACAAUCCCCCAACCUCAACCCAGUUGAGAUGGUUUGGGAUGAGUCGGACGGCAGAGUGAAGGAAAACUAGCCAACAAGUGCUCAGCAUAUGUGGGAACUACUUCAAGACUGUUGGAAAAGCAUUCCAGGUGAAGCUGGUUGAGAGAAUGCCAAGAGUGUGCAAAGCUGUCAUCAAGGCAAAGGGUGGCUAUUUGAAGAAUCUCAAAUAUAAAAUAUAUUUUGAUUUGUUUAACACUUUUUUGGUUACUACAUGAUUCCAUAUGUGUUAUUCCAUAGUUUUGAUAUCUUCACUAUUAUUCUACAAUGUAGAAAAUAGUAAAAAUAAAGAAAAACCCUUGAACAAGUAGGUGUGUCCAAACAUUUGACUGGUAUUGUAUGUCUGGUGAUCCUAGUCAUCAGUACAGUCCCCCCUGUGUUUUCUCAGCUCUUCAGGGUUCAGAAUUUCAGUUAAUCUGAAUUGAAGUGGAAUUGAAGUGGUUUGACAGCAACCCUGCAGCUCUCUGUUCCAAUUCAUGAUGACCCUAGUCCUAGCUGUACUGUAUGUAUACUGAAGUACUGCUUAGACAAGUGACUAGCUUGUGCAUGUUUACAGUACAUAUAAGUAAUAAGCAUGCCUCAGGACUCUCACAGUCAUACAACCUAGCUGGCACUUUCCCAAGUGUCCCCUCACUGGAGUGACAGGUGACAUGUCAGAGGUGCUGAGUGUCAGAGGUGCUACGUUUCUGACCGUAGUGGUCAGGACAGCAGGUCUCCAUUUAAUCCCAGUAAAAAGGUGCUGGGUCUUGGCCACACAGCUGGGGCCUGGGAUGAUGACGGUCUGGCCAAGCCAUAGAUCUUCACUCACCUUUACAUCACCAUUGGUCAACAACACCUCACAGUACAGGGCAUUAGCCAAUCAGAUAGGCCAUUCACAGCCAUUGUAGACAGUUGUAUAUUGUAGAGGACUGUGAAUGGUAAUGACAGCACAAUGUUUCAUUAUUUGACUUAAUAGGACAAAUAUUUGGACAAUGAUAGUGAUUCAGAGUGAGAUGGCUUUUUAUACAUUGACAAAACAGCUGUUAUGGGAAUAACACACUUGACCCAUACUGUGGUUAUUGAAGGAUUGUAGAAUGGUCAUCCUAACCUUCACUGUACUGUACAUAUAGACCUAACAGAUUGCUCUAUCACUCUUUAGUGUGGGCCAGAGCAAUAUACAGUAGAGAGAUAUAGAGAGGUAUACUGUAGAUGGCUCUGGUAUUAAAUAUGACAGUCUCUUUUCUCUGACCCUCAGGCACCAGCCCACACGCUCCAGGCAACAUCCGUGUGUUGCCCUCGGUGACCUCGGCCAACGUGUCCUGGGAGCCGGGUUACGACGGAGGCUUUGAUCAGACAUUUUCAGUGUGGUACGGCCCAGUGUGAGUACUCCCAGCAUGCUCUAGUCUACUAUCACAUCUUAUACUCAGAUUGCAGCUGAUUCCCCUAAUAGAGGUGGGAGGACAGAGACUUUGGGGAUUGAUCUGCAAUAGAUACGGUAUGUAGGGAUCUUAUUUGUUAUCAAUAAGGAAAUAUUGAUAAUUGAAUUACUUGAAUUACUGCAACAGUAUCCACUACCAUCAACAAAUACCAUUUUGACAGCACUAUGCUGAUGGGUUAUUACUCAGUUCUCCAGUAAUAACACUCAGUUACUCAGUAUUUGUAUUUACAUUAUUUUCAUUGUUGAAGAGUAGGGCAUACAGUAAAUCACAGAAGAUGCAUAAUUCAUGUGUUCAUUUAUUAAAGGCGUAAUGGGAUGUAAUGGAAAGACAUUGCAGUAACAUUCUAUUAGGCAACAUCCACUAGGUGCCAUAAAAUCACUAUUAUCAUUUUAUGUACAUGUCAGCAGUCAUAUGAGCCAUACUGUGUUGAAUGGGGGCUGUGUGUGAUUAAAUCAUCUGAUAGAAGUGGUGCUUUUGGCAGUCUAAUAUUAACAGCCAUUCUCAUCCAUUUCUCUGUCAUGGCCUGAUGGCACUUAAUGGACAUUUGUUGACUGUAAUAUUAAACCAUGUGCUUCGAGGAACAUUGCAUAUACAUGCAGGCAUCUCUUGUGUACUUAAAUAAUGAAUUACUUUGUACAGAGAGCUGUUGCUGAUAAAUGUAUAAGUCAAAUUGAUCUAAUUACCUUUAGUUUAGAUUACAGAGAUGAAGACUGUGAGGAGGACAUUAAACAGAGUGAAAUAUAGCCUAGCAACUGUAUUGUAUUGCAACACUGUGGCCCAUUGCCUGUGUAGUUUGACAGAGACACGCUACAUAAGACUAGCUAUCUACACCAUAUCUGCUAUAUGAGUGUUACCAGUAUGGUCCAUUGACCUUACAGUCAGGGUGCAGGUUAGUUAGUAUUGAUACCUCUCUCUGUGUUUCUGUUCCCCAAGGUUGAAAAAGGAGAAUUUUGGCCCCCAUGACUGGCACUCCAUGCCGGUGUCGGGGUCUCAGACGUGGUUGGUGGUGCCGGGGCUGGAGCCCAGGACAGAGUACCAGUUCAGCGUCCUGGCACAGAACAAGCUGGGCACAGGCCCUUUCAGCGAGGUCGUGACGGUUAACACAGUAGGUAGGUGGCACCAGCACCAGAACAGCUUCCUACACUAGACUGAUGCUGUCUAUACUUGUAUUUUGUAUUUAUUAUGGAUCCACAUUAGUUCCUGCCCAAGGCAGCAAGCUACUCUUUCCUAGGGUCCAGCAACAUUAAGGCAGUUAUAUACAAUUUAAAAUAUUACAUGACAUUACAUUUCAUAACACUUUUCACAACACAUUAAGUGUGUUCCCUCAGGCCACUAUCACAUAUCUACAAUACAAAACCCAUGUAUAAGUGUGGAUUUAGAUACCUGUAGAUACCUAGAAUAGACUCUUUGUAAUGCAUGUUUUUUUAGAUAACUCUAUAGCUUAUGUUAUGCCUUAACUUGAAAUACAACGGAUUUGCAUUUAGAUGUUUGCACAUCGAUUUGUCCAUUUCAGACAUGUCAUGUUGGUUCUGUAUGCUCACUAUCAUUGAAACUACUGCUCUCUAGAGCUAUCUUCUAGAAUGCAGUUUGUAAUUGCUCUCACCAUCUUCUGUUUAUCUCUGAUUGAUCACAUGUGAAUGAACUGGUUUGUUAUGGCUGUUUGAAUUGGUUAACUUCCUUCUAAAACUGGUCUGUUCUAUUGUCCCGUUAGUGUCUCCCCUGAGUACCCCUGAACCACAGGUGCUUCUUACUCCACCACGGUGCCUCACAGCCAAUCGCACGCAGCACGGCGUCUUACUCACAUGGCUCCCGCCAGCCAAUCACUCCUCGCCUGUCGACCGCUACAUCAUGGAGUUCCGUCUCGGAGAGAGGUGGGAGGUCCUCGACGAGCUGAUCCCUGCCACUGAGACUGAGCUGAUGGCCAGGGACCUCGUCCAGGUAACGGACCGUAGAUACCUCAAUGUAUAAUCAAUGCUCUCUGUUUAUAGUGACAGCUGCCGAUGUGUAAUGACUGUUCAUUAGAGUGUCAUAAACUGUCUAUAAGAUAAUAAAAACACUUUAUGAAUGACUUGUAAAUCCUAUAUAAAUCAUUCUAAGUAUACCUUCAUGUAAAGCGUUAUCGGUAUUCUUUUGCAGAAGGCAGUUGUUUUGGGGUAAUGACACCUUUAUUUUGAGACAAUUGUUAUGCUGAGGGAAAUUGGACUGUGGAUGUGUUAUGUGUGUGGAAUGGACAGUUGUCUUGUGUCCCUGGCAGGAGUCGUGGUAUGAGUUCAGAGUCAUGGCCGUCAUGGAUGACCUCGUCAGUGACAGCAGUAAUGUGGUGGGAGUGUCCAGCACAGGUAAGUGUUACACCUAAUAUAUUACACACUACAAUUCAGAAUUAUUCAAAUAAUAUUCCCAAAUAGCUACAAUGGAAUGGAAUCUUUUCAAAUGCUGCUGAUAUGUCACUCCAUUAAAUCCAUUUACCUCCAUGAGGUUCAUGAUUUGAAAGUGAAGUUCAUGAUUUGAAGGUAAAGUCCAUUUCCACCCCCCCAUUUCUGAACCCCUGGGUACCUCUUCCGCCUCAGAUCCUUUCCCCCCUACAGAGGUGACUGAAGAGGGGUUGGCGCGGCCUGUGGUAGCGGGCGUCGUGGCAACCAUCUGCUUUCUGGCGGCUGCAGUGCUCUUCAGUACUCUAGCAGCCUGCUUCGUCAACAAACAGCACCGACGCAAACUCAAACGCAAACCAGGUAUGCUUCCACUUCUUCUAACUGUCUAACUUCUACUGUCCAUUCUCUGGUCUUGGUUGUAAUCUCUAAAUCUCUGUUUUGUCUCUUCUAAGACCCUCCCCUGUCUGUAACACACUUCAGGAAAAGUAUUGACUCACCGUAAGUACUAAAGUCAAACCCAGAGAGAAAAACAGGAGCCAACCUUUUGAGCUCUUAUGCCGAUUCACAAUGCAGUAGUCACUGGAUUGAAUUUAGAUGCAACAAUAACUCCUCUUUACCUGUUUUAGGGUUAUUGUUAUGGUCUCUGUUCGCUUCACUCCUGUUCAGUACCAACUGUCAGGGCAGGGUAGUUUUGCUAGGACAUGAGUAUGGUUUGGAUGUAUAUUGUGUGUAUUUCAAGGGUUUGGAGAGAGGUCUAUGUUAAAAGGAAUUGGAUGUGUUGACUUGUUGGAAUAUCUAGAUGGUCAAGUUAAUGAAAAUGGCAUUAUAAUGUAUGUUCCAGUUGUUUAUAUCUGGUUUAAGUCUGGUCCUCUUGUGACUCCAUGAUGGUCCCUCCUGUGUUGUGUGGAGGUUUGGUUUAGUUGACAGAUGACCGUGGCCCAUGUCGUUUGUGUGUCUCCCACCGCAGGCCUCCUCUCACCCCCUUGCCUGGGGUAGAGCCCUGCUGGGACGCGCCAGCCAGGAGCAGCUACAUGCCCCCACCAGCCAGCUCCCUGUGAGUGCCUAGCUGCUUGCACCAUACCAGUGUGUGCUGUGCUGCACUACGCUAUGCUGGCUUGGCUGCAUGGAUAAUAUAUGAAUUUUAUAGAUUUUAUUUACUUAGUGCUCUGCUGGCCUAACCGCAUGCACAGUAUACAGUAUAUGCACCAUAUAGGGAUUUGUGUUUGCGUUGGCUCAGCUGCAUGUACAGUACUGUGUAUAUGCACUCUAUAGUUGACUGUGUUGUUUACAAUGCUGCUCCUGGUGUGUGGCAAAUAGAAAAAAAGGCCUAGUUGGAUGUCAUCUGCUUUAUUUUUAUGCCAUACAAGCAUUUGGCGCAGCAUAUGUCCCCAACAAGACAAAUGGGCCUCGGUUUUUACCCAAGAGCGAGUAAAAAAAGAUCUGUGAGACGGUUGUCAUGGCUGCUUGGUAACGGUUCCUUUCUCAUACUGUCGCCAUGGCUACAGUCAUUAGCUUCAAUGUUAGCAGAAUGCACUGGAUACUAUCAUAAUGCAGAGGUUGAAUACAAAUGAAACAGGUGUAUUUGCUUUGACAUGGUGCCAUGGCUUUGGAUUUUCUCAUCUGUCUAGCAUAGUAGUGAUGCAUACUGUGGUUAACAUGCUAUUUUACUGUGUACAAUUAGGCUGUUUAUUGAUUAAUAACUGCUGUUUAAGGGGUUCAUUAUGAAGCCAUCAUGUUUGAGUGUCUGCCUCUGUGUUGGUUGUCUCUGACAGGCUGUCCUCUGGGAAGAUCAGUCCAGAGAGCUCCCCUCCCGCCUCGCGGCCCCAGUCCCUGUCCUCAGAUGGGGCCCACGGCCCGGGUCUGUACGUCAGGAGGCUGCCAAGCCCUCAGAGAGACAAGGACAAAGAGCUCUCCUUCUACAAGAAAACCAAGCGUGCCAUAGCCAGCAAGAAGUACAGCGUGUCCAAGCAUGAGGCAGAGGUCACCAGCCCCAUCGAGCUGAUCAGCCGCGGUCCCGACGGUCGUUUCAGCAUGGCCAGCCCGCCAUCAGCCCACCGCCGCAUCCAGGGCUUCCCGUUCGCCGAGGAGUCCGACAUGUACCCCGAGUUCCGGCAGUCCGACGAGGAGAAUGACUUUGACGCCGGGCCCCUGCCCCCGAUCAUGGCCACACUCCGACCACAGCUCUCACCAACAUCCUCCAGCCUGGAGUCCACGCAGCCCCCCAACUACAGCCCCCGCCUCCACAGGCCCAUGGAAGGUAUGAGCUUUGUGGAGGGCAGUGGGCAUCAUGCUGCAGGGCAGGCCCCAGCCUCCCGCUACAGGGACUUUCCACAGGUCCCCUUCUAUGGGUAUCUAGGCAGCCGCGGGGAAUCGGGGAUCCCGCCACCUUUUUACAUGCCUGACAUCAGUCCGCGUAGCUCCGCUCUGUCCUCCCCCCCAGGCACUGCUGACGGGGGGCCCUACGGUUAUCCCUCCAUCCCAGAGGAGAGGGAAGAGAUGGAGCUCCAUCAUCAGUACACUGCCUCUGGCCAUUCCCUCCCACAUCCACACAGCCCUAUCCCUCGCUCCCCUCGCUCACCUGACAGCUGGCAGCCUCACGAGUUCCCCUUCCUUGGUCUGGAGGGGCCCCGCUUCAUUUAUCCACCUCACCACCCCUUACAUCAUCACCAGGACCUUCCCGACCCUCCACCGUACCCCCCUCUCCACCCCAGCCGCCUGCACCUCCCAAGCCCUCGGCUCCUGCAGCUGGAGGUCCCAAUGGCUCCGCAGGGCAGGGACCGACCCCCAGGCCCUCCAGCUAGGCGCUUAGCUAUGCAACAGGCCCAGAGUCUCGGCCAGCUCAGACACACAUCCCACGGUGUGGGUGUACCAGUGUUGCCUUACCCUGACCCGGCAGCCCGUGCAGGGAGCCCAAGCACAGCCCCUAGCAGCAGCCCCCAGUCCUGGCUCAGCCCGAGGUCAGGGCGUAGGACAGACCCCUCCUUGCCCCCGCUGGUCCUCCAGCCCUCCCGCCUGUCCCCCCUCUCCCAGAGCCCUCUUAGCACCCAGCCAGGUUCCCCAGAUAUUCUAGUCCGCCCCCCGCCCCACCCCAGCAUCCUCCGCACAUCCCGCUCUCUGGAGAUGCCUGAGAUCUCCAUGCACCCCCAAGCCACCGUCAGUUUCUCCCGAAGGUCCUCCCUGGCCACCUCCCCCACCCAGGGCCAGCAGGGAAGCCGCAGGCCCAGCCCCAGUUACCGUCCCCACAUGUCCUAUGCCUCCACAGCAGCCAGUUACCCCUCCCAGUCCCCCUCUCCCCCCUUGGAGGGCAGGGAUGUGUUCGGGCAGUGGCCGUCCCAGAGGAGGACAGAGGAGGAGAUGCUGCCCUCAGAGCCCUCCCAGCUCCAGAUAUCCGCCUCAGGGUAGGUGACCUACACCGGUCCGGCAGGGACAGCAACGCACUAACUAACGAACACAAUAAACUUCUCCAACCUGGGCACUCAAUUCUAAAUGUAUCCCCAGUUUAUAGAGUAUGACGUAAUGUUUUACUUUUGGCAUACCAAUAAUACAUAUUUAGGCUUAUAUGCAGAAAGCAUGUAUUUGCAUCUGGCACACAUCUGAUCAGUCAUAAACAAGUUAUUAAUUCAAAUUUUGUCAAUAUACCCAUUUGAAUCAAGGCAAAUUAUGAAAUUCAUACUUUUAAAGUGUAGGUUUUACAUAAAAAGUCCUUAUGACACAUUUUAUAAUUUAACCCUAGAACAAAGUCACAUCUAAAAUAUUGAUAUUGAUCUUUGAAUUCUGUAAUUAUUAUUUAUAAGAUAUUUGUGUUUUUCUCUGUAUGGCGACUCAUUUUCGGAAGAAAAGGUGAUUUUUAACUGCCUAACCAAGAAUGUGUAAAACGUUACAAUUGCAUUAAGAUGCAAUCUGCAACAAAGGAUUUCAGGUGGCAGACUUAUGGGAUCUUUGAGCGAAUGCUUCACUAAAUAAUUAACUAGCAUAUAGAGUGUUUUUUAUUGAUUGAAUACUAGGGUAGUGAGGUAAUAUUUUAUCUUACAUAUUUAGUUGAUUUCCUUGAAUUAUAGCCCACCUAUGACAUCUCAGCAGAGGCUUUCCUUGGCAGCUACUGUUAUUUAACUGGUGGUAAAUGAUACUGUAGCUAAACUAAAAUAUUACUUUAAAGGUUGAGUGCCUUCCACCGCUCAAAUGAAAUAUGAAAUGUACAAGGUAGCAAAUUUUUUCAAAUGAUAUUCAGCAUCAUUAUUGCCCAGAUAAGCCUUCUAAUUCAGGAAUGAUCUUCACACAUUUGAAGGCCAAAGCAGAUUUUACUGCACAUCUGAGAUUUAUGGCCAAACACCUUCUUUUUUUCUUUUUUUUACCUGAGACCAUUUUGACUACUUGAUAAUCUCAAAUUAUGAUCUAUUAAACCCACAUAGUCAUACAGUACAUGCUCUGCAGGACAAUAGAAGACAUACAAGAGAGCAAUAUACCUGAGGCGCAUAUAAUCCCCCCCUUUUGACUGUAUACCUACAUGCUUCUCCCCUUCCCCCUCACACCCACCUCCUACCUUUCUGAAUCCCAGGGAUUGCCAGGUUAGUGUAAGCGGUCACACUCUUUUUCCACCCCUUAACAGUGUCAUGGUCAUUUGGGCAAGUAUAGUGUAGGCCUGGCCUGCUGGUUUGUAGAGUGUGAGGGCUCAGGGGUCUUACCUCAUCUGUUUUUGAUUGAUCUCAGCUAUCUGGGCAGCGUUGUUGUGAGCCGGUCCCCUACGCCGCAAUAGGUAAGGGUCGGACCCAUGUCUGAGAGGGGAGGUGUCAGCAGGGGAGGGCUCUAAUCACUCUCUCCUUUAAAGGGGAAUCGCUGACUUUGGGUUGAGCCUCUUUACUGGAUUCAAGUUUGCUAGCUCAAAUGCUAACUGCUAACAUACAGGUUACAUUUCUUACAGUUCUUUGGCACAACAUGCCUGCUGUCGAGCACAGUGAUUAGGCUGGUGAGCAAUAUUAGGAGCUGUUUUGGACUGUGGAGCAGUAUUUGAAAUACAGGCACGGUUUCCCUGCACUCAAAAAAGCCUUGAAUCAAUAGAGGACCCAGAUUACUGAUAGACUGGAGUAUUCCCCUUUAAAGUUUUGUUCCAUGUGCAAAAUGCCAUGCAUGCCUUCUCUAAAUAUCUCUCUUUUGACUCAAACGUAUAACAAUAAUUCUCAAGACUAAAUUCUUCGUCACAUUCGUCGUCUUAAGUGCUUUCGUUUCUGUCAUGUGACUGUUUUUAAUGACCAUUUCCUCUUCCUGUCAUGUGACUGUUCUUUAACGGCCAUUUCCUCUUCCUGCCAUCUCCUCCCGUCAGCAUGGUGAAGCCUCUGUACACAGUGUUCAUGUUGAUGAAAGUGUGCUGUACAGUGUUCAUGUUUGAUGGAAAUGUACCGUAUCUAACUCACUGUGGCCCCUGCACACAGUAUUUGGGAUUAUGAAAAUGCAACUGUAUUUAUCUAACGAGUAAUGCUUUAAUUUUCAUAUUUGUCUCCCCUCUCUGCUAAUGGCUCUCAAUCUCUCUCUCUACAGUGACACUAUGAAGGACAACACCUCUAAACCUUUGUGUUCCUACAGUAUGCCUUUUGAAACAAUAUGUUUUGGCAGAAUCACUUGACUUUACAUAUCGUCGAGUUAGGUUUUGAAGCUGGUGUAUUCAAUCCAUUGAAUGGCAACAAACAUUUAAUCUCAUGAACCUGAACAUAAAUGUUUGGUGUUGAUGAGGUUAUUUUGGGUCUUAGUAUCAUUACUUGCAUCUUUCUAUGAUGGACUGCAAAACAAGAGUAUUCAUUAUGAGGUAAAAGUAUAUUUCAAAACAGAUACCUUUCUGUGUAAAGCUCAUCAACGUGCUUCAAUUUGACAUGGAUUUAGAAUUAGCCAAUGAUAGAUACCGCUCAUCUUUAACGCAUUAAAAUAUAUUCAGUAUUAGGGUGAUUUUGAUUGAUAUGUCACUCAUAAAAUGAAAAUAAUCCACAUAGAGCUAUCAAAAGAUGAGAAUCCUCUUUGUUGCCCCACUCAACAAAACAGACAAGCCAUGGAUUCUCACUGUAGAGCAAGAGGAGCAAUUCAGUAACUAUAGAAACUGAAGCAUUUCUUAUGUAAACUGUUCUUACAAAUACAGUAUAGAGAUUAUUUUCAUUUUAUGGGUAUCUGAAAGUGACAAAAUAUUGACGUAUUCCUUCAUAAUUUUUUUGAGAAUUAACACAGUUCAUCCAUAGUACUUUAUUAAUUCCUCACAAUCUAAAGCCAAUGAUUUUCUCAACAAAUCAUCAGUUUAUUUAUGGUUCAAUAUUACAGAGCCUUUCGGAAUCAAUGUCCUCCUGACUCCCCAUCUGACUAAUCACUGAGGAUAGCGCUUCCCGGUGGUGGGUUAAAGUAAAGCAUGUGUAUUGUGCCUCUCUCCUCUUCUUUCUAGGGAACCUCUAGGUGCGUCUAGUGAUCCUGCCGGGUCUGAGAGCUUACAAACACUGCUACACCACUGUAUUACUAAAGCCAAGAGAGUGGCUGCGAACACCAAUAACAACUCCACUUCCAGGAGAAGAACAGGUCAGUCUCUGAACUAAAGAAUAAACCACAGGCCGACACACAACUGUUAGAAGAACCAAAAAGAACAGCAUUUAGUGAGUUCAUUGUAGCCUGUUUGUGCUGUAAAGCCAAAUCCUAUCAUUGUCAUGCCUAUGUAACGACCAUAGUUGUUGGCUUUACAGCACAGACGAGUCAGAGGCCAUACUGAAUGACUUGGUGUUGUAUCCUCAAUAACACUACCUCUCCCUCCCUAGGUGUGUCUCCCUCUCAGACCCAGCAGCAAUCCCAGACCCCCCCGGCUCACAGAGAAGAUCUCUACCUCCACAGGAAGAGGAAAAGGCAGAACAGGAAGAGCCCAUAUCUCUUUUUGUCCUCCCUCCUGCGCCGCAGCAGACGCUCUGAGGAGGACCAGGCAGCCAUCCUGGCCAGUACAGACUCAGACGGGCCCAACUACGGGACUCUACACUGA